UAACCAAAUUUCAACGCGCCUUCGUCGAGUUUGAACGUGCGACGCGGUACUUGGUUCUUCUCUUCGUCUUUGUGGAUUUUGGCUGUUUCCCGCCCAGAAAAUAUUAAGCAUAGAAUCAUUAAGUUUCCCGCAGCUCGCAUAAAACCGCCAAUUGAAACACACACAACACACAAAAUAGCAACAGAAAAUGCCGAGUAAAACAAACACAAUAACAAUAGUGCAAAUAUAUUCAAAUAAUAUAUAUUGAGUCCCGAGACGUCUCGAAUCGGAAAUCGGUCUUGGAGAAUAUUCCAAUACGUGAGAAAACCGGGCAAAAACUUUCAGUUUCGUUUUCUUCUUUCAUUGCUGCCGCAACCGGCAAAAGAGAGGGAAGUGUUUCGUUAGCUGUCCGAGCGCCAGUCGAGCACGAGCAUAUCGAAAAGGAAGGAGUAGUAUAACGGAAUAGAAGAAGUACGAGGAGGUGCUAGCGUACCGUUAUUUCACUUAUUUCGCGAUUUUUUUUGUGAAUUGCCGCCAGACGGUAGUGCAGAACCGCAGAAACAACCAGAACAAAUCACCAAGCAAAUACAAAAUAGAAAAUCCACAAGCGUGAAUUUUCGAGUGAAACACAAUUUACCAAAAUAUAUUCAAAUCGAAAAGCUUUAGCGAGAAAAAUCCUCGAAACAUCUUUACGGCAAAGCGCGCGUAAUAGAAGGAGGAGACAAUUUUUUUUGGUGUCCCUUUUUGUUGGUGUUUUCUCCCAGACGAUCACUUGAAUUGAGAGAGAGAGAGAUAAAAGAAAACAGUUGGAAGUUCUAACAAAUUGGAUUAAAUUAAUUUCUGACGAACUGGCAAUAUCCACGUCGAUAUUCCAGAAAUAACGGAUUCCACUUGGAAAACAAACGCAAAAGUCAAAUCCGCAAAGAUGGCACUCCAGUUAUUUGACUAUAUGAACAGCUUCAGUCUGGCGAAUAUAGAAGAGGACCUGAUUUUUAAUAGUCCCCAAUUCAUGAUCGACGAUCUCUUCGAAGGCGUGGUCUCCAGCAGCAUCCAGAGCGACCUGGCAAAGAUCGAGUCGCGCGAGGGGAUCGAUUACUUUGACGAUAUGGAGGACAUAAAGCCGGAAAUCCGCAACGGAGACUGCAUGUGGUCUGCCUCCUCCAGUUGCCAAGGCGGCGGCAGCGCCGCUCAAAACAACAGCGCCGCCUCCAGCUACAGCGACGGCAUCGCCAUCCCCCUUUCUAUUGUAUCAGGCGGGGCCAAUCCCUAUCAAUGCCAAGAACAGCAGCAGAAACAGAACAGCGGCGCCAAGCCAGGAGCCCUGUCAGAGGACGAUCUCCCCGUGAUUAUUAAACAGGAGCCGCUGGACGACUACCUGCCAUCCGUGGAGAAGCGUCCUCGCCUCAGCGCCACCGAAAAGGGGUCAACUCACCCGCUCACACAUGCACAGUCGGAGAGCACAGCCUAUAUGGCCGCUGAUCAGCUGAUCCCGCCCGGCGGCAGCCUUCUUCGCAAGCGCAACGUACCACAACAGGCUUCGCGUUGCAAGAAUGUAUCAUCGCCUGUGGCCGAGACCAAGCCUGCACCCAAAUACCUUUGCCCCGACACGCCCCCUCACAGCAUUCCCGACGAGAGUGCGCCGGGCAAGGCACCCAUGUUCCGCCACAAUGUGGAUCUGAGGGCCUGCGUCAUGGGUAGCAACAACAUCUCGCUGACCAGCGAAGGCGACAUCAGUUGCAUUGACCAGAUCAGCCGGGAGCUGCAGAACGCCGGCAAGAAUCUGUUAUCGUUCUUCCCGGUGCCGGAAAUCAACGAUGUCAUGGACGUACUCAGCCAGGAUUCUCAGCAGCAGUCCCAGCAAUCCCUACAGUCGCUGAAGAUACAGCAGUCGCUGGAGGUGGCUGCAAAUCCGAAAAACCGCAAGGUAUCGCCGCCCAAUAGCGGCUCCGACUACGACUCUGAUGACGAAACCUACCGCAACAUGCACAAGAGCACGAUGCUCAUGCGGCACAUCAGCGAUCACAGUUACACACGCUGCAACGAGCUGGACGACAGACACGCCCCGGAGACUCCUUCAGAUUCUGAUGAGGAAAUCGAUGUUGUGUCGUUCCCAGACAAGAAGCAACUGCAAUUUCCCGUCGGUGAGCUGGCCCUGCUGGAGAAGGUGGCCCAUCAAAUCUCGAAUGGAAUCAACCAAAAGAAACAGCGUUACGGCAACUACAUCAUGCCUUAUACGCCUGCGAGCAGUAGUCCGGUGAAGUCGGUGGCCAAUUCGCGAUAUCCUUCGCCCUCGAGCACGCCCUACCAAGCCUCUUCGCAAUCGUACUCGCCCCUGACCGUCGACUCGUCGAAUAACAGCAGCAGCAGCAGCAGCUCAAGCAGCUCCAGCUCCAGCUCCGGCUAUGGAUGCGGCGUGGCCACCAAGGGACACAAGCGCUACUACCUCAAGGUCAAUGGCAGUGGCAACGGUAACACAAGCGCCGCCAGCAACUUCAACGGCAUGUCCAUGCACAAGAUGGCCAACAACAACAACAACAGCAACAACAGCAGCAGCAGCAGCAACAGCAGUAGUAGUAGAAUCAUCAGCAAAAAGUGUCGCAGCAAAAAGUCCACCCUAUCCACGAGCUGCUCCCCAGAGCUGGAAUCGCCGGUGAGCAGCACUGAGGCUGAUGCCUCCAACAACUGGAUGAACGAUAUGAACAGGAUACCCAAGCAAAAUUCUACCUCUACCGUGGGCACUCUUGCUCGCAGCAGUCAGCGCUUUAGCGUGGACGAGGCCGACACCAUUGAGAAGCGCAACCAGCAUAACGACAUGGAGCGCCAGCGCCGCAUUGGCCUCAAGAACCUGUUCGAAGCCCUCAAGAAGCAGAUACCCACCAUUCGUGACAAGGAGCGCGCCCCCAAGGUGAACAUUCUGCGCGAGGCUGCCAAGCUCUGCGAGCAGCUGACCCACGAGGAGCACGACCUGGAAAUGGAGUACCAGCGGCUCAAGGAAAAGAAUCGCAAGCGUCAGGAGCUAUUGGCGCGCCUGCGCUCCGCCUCCACAGUCCACACAGUAACGGAUGAGAGCCGUAAGUGGGUGGGUCAGAGACCUAAAUAAACCCAACAACAAUUGAGUUUCAGUUAGGUGAUGAUGCGGCGGCGUAUUUUUUAUAGGGCAGCAGGCGUAACGAUAUAACGAAUAUGAUCUAUGAUAUACUAGCGUAAGGCCUUCAAACGUUCGAUACGGUUUACCAUAUUACUAUUCUAUUCUAUUCUAUUCUAUUUUUUUUUUGCUCUUGACCUUAAGCAUUUUUAUGAAACUUCAAUAUCUGUUGGUAGGAUACGAACUAAGGAAUAGGUUAAGCGGCCAUUGUAUAUAUUUUGGGCCUUGCUAUUCACUUUCAAGCCAAUCCCCAAGUUUGCUGCUUGCCGCUAGGAAGGGGCUGAUUUGGAGGUGAACAACGAAGUUUGAUUUCUUUAAUGUGAUAUAUAUAAUUUUCUGAAUCAGAUUCGAUUUCGGUGUCUUAGGGAGCCGAAUCAAGGAGAAGACCCAGGAACAGAGAAAGGAAAAACUACACAAAUUAACGAGAACUGUUUUAUGUUUUAUUGAAGUUUCAUUUAGGUACACAAAUAUAAGCUAUAGCCUAUGUUAAGAUUAAAGCUAGGUUUAGAUUAUUACACCUUUUUUUUUUGUUUGAUUUAGCUACUUAACUGAACAUGAAGUGAACAGACCCGGAAACGGAAGAGAACCGGGAAUGAAGACCUAACAACAAAAU